AUGUGUUACGAAGUCAAGUGUGGGAAUUGCAGCAAGAAAAGCUGGGAGGGCUGCGGCCGCCACGUGGCGGCGGUGCACAAAGGAAUUCCCGAUGGUCAACACUGCCACUGCAAGCCAUGGCCCGGCGUCGAUUCCGCCGCCGAUUCAUCAAAGCCCUCGUCCCAGUCCCACUAUUAUGUUGAAUCGCACGACCUCCUCGGCGAUCUGAAUAACGAAUCUUAUUAG